CGCACCGGCUGCAGCAGGGCCAGAGCGAGCAGGUGGAGCGGGCGGGCGGGCGAGCUGCGAGCGGAGCGCGCGGACCCGGGGGAAGACUGCAGUGACGCGGCCCUGGAGACAUGGCGGCGGCCGGGCGCCUCUGAAUUGGAAGCAGGACCCCGAGCCCCUCGCCGCCCCCGGCCCCGGCAGCCCAGGCCAUGCCGCACGGCUGCUGAGCGCACGCAGGGGCCGGCCCGGAGGAGGACCCAUGCGGCAGCAGCUGCCGCCCCGAGCCUGAUCCGCUGCCCUGCGUUCUCCAUGCUGCGUUCCUCCUCGGCGCCUCGGGCAGGGUAGCUGCCGCUGCCAGCAGAGCCUGCAGGGCAUUGCGCUGCCCUUCCUCCAGCCUCACUUUCUUUCCCGUUGUCACCCCUCCCUCCCCACUGCCUUCUCCCUGGCCCCCCGCCCGCUUUGCAUCCAGCUCCCCUGCCCCGUCACCCCCUCCCGCCUCCCUCCGCCGGGGCUAUGGCCGCAGAAGAGGUGUUGCAGACGGUGGACCACUAUAAGACUGAGAUAGAGAGGCUGACCAAGGAGCUCACAGAGACCACCCACGAGAAGAUCCAGGCUGCCGAGUACGGGCUGGUGGUCCUGGAAGAGAAGCUGACCCUCAAACAGCAGUAUGACGAGCUGGAGGCAGAGUACGACAGCCUCAAACAGGAGCUGGAGCAGCUGAAAGAGGCGUUCGGGCAGUCCUUCUCCAUCCACCGGAAAGUUGCUGAGGAUGGGGAGACUCGAGAGGAGACACUUCUGCAGGAGUCAGCGUCGAAGGAAGCUUACUAUCUGGGCAAGAUCUUGGAGAUGCAGAAUGAGCUGAAACAGAGCCGGGCUGUGGUCACUAACGUCCAGGCAGAAAACGAGAGGCUCACCGCUGUCGUGCAGGAUCUGAAGGAGAACAAUGAGAUGGUGGAGCUACAGAGAAUACGGAUGAAGGAUGAAAUUCGAGAAUAUAAAUUCCGGGAAGCCCGACUCCUUCAAGACUAUACUGAACUGGAAGAAGAAAACAUCACGUUGCAGAAACUAGUGUCCACAUUGAAGCAGAACCAGGUUGAAUAUGAAGGCUUAAAGCAUGAGAUUAAGCGAUUUGAAGAGGAGACAGUGCUACUGAACAGCCAGCUGGAAGAUGCCAUCCGAUUAAAAGAGAUCGCCGAGCACCAACUGGAAGAAGCCCUUGAGACUUUAAAAAAUGAAAGGGAGCAAAAGAACAACCUGCGGAAGGAGCUCUCCCAGUAUAUCACCCUCAAUGAUAACCACAUCAGCAUCUCGGUAGAUGGACUCAAGUUUGCUGAGGACGGGAGCGAACCAAACAAUGAUGACAAAAUGAAUGGGCAUAUCCAUGGACCGCUUGUGAAACUGAACGGAGACUAUCGGACUCCCACCUUAAGGAAAGGAGAGUCUCUGAACCCUGUCUCUGACUUAUUCAGUGAGCUGAACAUUUCAGAAAUACAGAAAUUGAAGCAGCAGCUUAUGCAGGUAGAGCGGGAAAAGGCCAUUCUUCUGGCCAACCUCCAGGAGUCACAGACGCAGCUGGAACACACCAAGGGGGCGCUGACGGAGCAGCACGAGCGGGUGCACCGGCUCACGGAGCACGUCAAUGCCAUGAGGGGCUUGCAGAGCAGCAAGGAGCUCAAGGCCGAGCUGGACGGGGAGAAGGGCCGGGACUCGGGGGAGGAGGCUCACGACUAUGAGGUGGACAUCAACGGCUUGGAGAUCCUCGAGUGCAAGUACCGGGUGGCGGUUACAGAGGUGAUCGAUCUGAAAGCUGAAAUUAAGGCCCUGAAGGAGAAAUAUAAUAAAUCCGUGGAAAACUAUACGGAAGAGAAGGCCAAGUAUGAGAGUAAGAUCCAGAUGUAUGAUGAGCAGGUGACCAGCCUGGAGAAGACCACCAAGGAGAGUGGGGAGAAGAUGGCCCACAUGGAGAAGGAGCUGCAGAAGAUGACCGGCAUAGCCAACGAGAAUCACAACACCCUUAACACGGCCCAGGAUGAGUUGGUGACAUUUAGUGAGGAGUUGGCUCAGCUUUACCACCAUGUGUGUCUGUGUAAUAACGAAACUCCCAACAGGGUCAUGCUGGACUACUACAGGCAAAGCAGAGUCACCCGCAGCGGCAGCCUGAAAGGGCCCGAUGAUCCCAGGGGACUUUUGUCCCCACGAUUAGCCAGGCGGGGUGUGUCCUCCCCAGUGUCCUCCCCAGUAGAAGCAAGGACCUCAUCAUCUGAACCAGUUGCAAAGGAAAACACAGAGGCCAGCAAAGAACCAAGUCCAACCAAGACCCCCACAAUCUCUCCUGUUAUUACUGCCCCACCGUCAUCUCCAGUGUUGGACACGAGUGACAUCCGCAAAGAGCCAAUGAACAUCUACAACCUUAAUGCCAUAAUCCGGGACCAAAUCAAGCAUCUGCAGAAAGCCGUGGACCGGUCCUUGCAACUGUCUCGUCAAAGAGCAGCGGCGCGGGAGCUGGCCCCCAUGAUCGACAAAGACAAGGAAGCCUUAAUGGAGGAGAUCCUCAAGCUCAAGUCCCUGCUGAGCACCAAACGGGAGCAGAUCGCCACACUGAGGGCGGUGCUGAAAGCCAACAAACAGACAGCUGAGGUGGCGCUAGCUAAUCUCAAGAACAAAUAUGAAAAUGAAAAAGCAAUGGUGACUGAAACCAUGACGAAGCUUAGGAAUGAACUGAAGGCUUUGAAAGAAGAUGCUGCAACUUUCUCAUCCCUGAGAGCAAUGUUUGCAACAAGAUGUGAUGAAUAUGUCACACAGUUGGAUGAGAUGCAGAGACAGUUAGCAGCUGCCGAGGACGAGAAGAAGACUCUAAACACUUUGUUACGAAUGGCUAUCCAGCAAAAACUCGCCCUGACCCAGAGGCUGGAGGACUUAGAGUUUGACCAUGAGCAGUCCCGACGCAGCAAAGGCAAACUUGGGAAGAGCAAGAUCGGCAGCCCUAAAGUAAGUGGGGAAGCAUCAGUCACCGUGCCCACCAUAGACACUUACCUCCUGCAUAGUCAGGGCCCACAGACACCCAACAUUCGGGUCAGCAGUGGCACUCAGAGGAAAAGACAAUUUUCACCUUCCCUUUGUGAUCAGAGCCGUCCCAGGACUCCAGGGGCCUCCUACCUACAGAAUUUAUUAAGAGUCCCCCCUGAUCCCACCUCCACAGAAUCAUUUCUUCUGAAGGGCCCCCCUUCCAUGAAUGAAUUCAUCCAAGGGCACCGGCUCAGCAAGGAAAAAAGGUUAACCGUGGCUCCACCAGUCCUGACCCAGCUCUCCCUGAGGAGCAGCCGCAUUCCAGCCCCCAGUGCACCCCUCUCCGCUGUCUCUCCAAGCCUCCUCACCCCUAGUCUUCAUUUCCUGUGGACAAGCUCCUGGGGUGAAAGUGUUGUAGCCACACGCAGGAUACUGCCCAAGAUCCAGUGGGUGUUUUCUUCUGGGUUGUUGAUACACACUUGGAUUAAUGUCUAUUCAUUUUGGAAGAUGAGAAAAAGUUGAGAAGAAUAACACAAAGCACAGAGACCCUGGUGUGAUAAAACCUUAGAGAAAAUGGUUUCUCUAAGUCACAGAGAAACUUCUGCAAUCAAAUGGCUACAGUUCAGUUAAAUUAAAAAAACGAAACAAAACAGGAAACAUUUAUCUCAGAUGGCUGGCUUUACCUCGAUAGCAUAAGAGAGACCUAAGACAAUGUAAAAUACAUAUAUUGUAAAAUCAUCUUUCCUCACACUCCAAAUUCAGCUAUAGAAAUUGAUUCCAAUAUUUUUUGCCAUUGAUAUUUAUUUUGUACUUUGUUUGCUACAUGAUGAUUUAUGUCUACAAAAAUAAUGUCUGUGAGAAGUGAAUUUAAUUCAUUUAUUUUCAGAUAAGCAUAAUUUGCUCAAUGAAGUAUGAGUUUUCAUUUACUUUGAAAUCUGGAAUUGGCCAGACUGUGGUCAUUUUUCUUGCACAAAAUGAUAAAUGAGGUGCAUCAGAAUGUUAACAAUAACUGUAUUUUGCUGCUACACUGAUAUUGUUUAUGCUCUUAUUUUCUAAUCAGCUCAUUAACUGCUGGGGUUUGUUUUUGUUUUUGUUUUCUUAACUAGAGUUCUUCACUGGACAUUAUUAAGUAAAUCUAAAAAGAGGAGACUAAGUUAUGAUCCAUUGAUUUAUUCAAGUUUUGAUGGUUUCUUUAAUUUUUUUAAAUUGCAGUUGAGUAGUUGUACUGGUGCUGUUCCUUUGUGUGUGUAUGUGUGUGAUUAUGUUAAAGAAGGCUAAAUAACUUGAAGGGAAAAAAUGGUGUGUUUAUUUAAUGACCAGAAUUUUUUUUUUUUUAACUUCUCCCAAAUUCAGGGUCCUAUCAUGAGUCUUUCCUGCUAAAAGGUAUCAAGUACAAAUGGGAAAAUAUAUACCUAUAGAUAAAUUUAAGGUAGCCUUUGGUUAAUUAAUUACCCAGAAAGUGUUCAAAUUUUGGUCAAAACUGUAUGUUUUGUUGUUGUUAGGUUUUUUCAUAGUGAAUCUUCCUUGCCAAAAAACAAUAGAUAAUAAACCUUAGCUCACUGUCUACUUUUGACAAACACUCAGGUGCCUACAAUCACAUUAUAUUGAGAUAAUACAUGUUCCUAGUUAAUUUACAGAUUCUGCUGGGUAACUUUUACCACUUGAUUUAAGGCAGCGGAUUUUCAUAGCGAAAUUUUAUUUUGCACAUAAUCUGACAAACAAGGAAGACAGCUAAUUGAGCUGAAAGGUCUAAACACUCUUGGGCUCCUUAACUAUCAAGUGCUGCCCACACAAUCGCUCCUAGUCCUGAUUCCUUGUCUUUGUCAGGUCGCCUUAACUUAUUUAAAACCAUAAGGGUUUGACCUUUUCAUAUAGGGAUAGAUGUAACUUCUCUUCAAAACAAAACAGACAGACAAAACGAUCCUUGCUGUUAACACGAAGGACGGUUAACAGUGCAGGGCACUAACAAUGAUGAUCUAGGAGUCACUCAGCUGGGAAGUGGGUGGCCCAGGAAUGGAGUGGUCUGCUGAAGACCCACCCGGAAGUCCUAAAGCACAUGGCAGGAGCUUUGUCAGUCCUAAGCCUGUUAAGUAGAUAGAGGUCACUGUUACCAAAGCAACCAAGAGGUUCUGUGUUCCUUAAAUGAGUGCUAUUUUUCAACAGUGUCAUUUUAUUGUGCAACUUGGAAUAAAUAGUUGAAAUCUUCACCAAAAUAGGGAUUCAGGUUAAAGUUCAGAAACAGAAAGGAAACAAAUUUUCCUAAAUUCCUAGUCACAGCAGCCUAACCUUCUGCCCUUUCCUACCUGCAUUGCCUUGCUCUUCCUAAACAUUUUCGUCCUUGUCUUGGUGUUGUGUCUGCCUAGUACCAGUUAUUAGUGAGACAGUGUGGAUUUUAUUAGUGUUCAAUUAAAGAAAGCUUACCCUGGCCCUCACUUUUUCUUUUCCUUUUUUUUUUUUUUUCCUUUUUUAUACAUGUCAUGUUUGGAUCUGAGAAGUGGCAUAGCUGCUAAGUUGACUUUUAAUAAAAACUGUGCCUGGGGGAAAAUAUGCCUUUUUAAAAAAGUACCUGGGAACACCUUCCUAGUAUGUAUAUUGCCUCAUCAGUUUUGUUUGGUGGGACUGGGAGUUCAGCAGCAAGUAUUGUCUGCGUGUGAGGUUAGGGCAUUUCUGCCUGUUGCAUUCUUACUCCCUUACUCUGGAUUUAGGACCCAGUGAAAAGCUGGGUCGUAUACCAAACAUUUAUUUCUUCCAGUACAAAGUUUAUUAUUAAGUCUAUUAUAGACUCGGUUUAUUUCGGUUCUUUAUCUUAAUAGAGUGGGAAGUGCUUGUUUUGAAAUAUUAAGUCUGUGAAAAUAUUAAUUUUAGCAAAAUUCUGCCAAGAAGAUAUAGAAAUUUGGAAGUAAACUUUUCAUUUUCAGCACAAAAUUAGACUGCAGUCCCUAAGCAGUAAAAAAGAAUACCAUGUAUUUACACUGUGGCAUCAUUUAGUAUAGUUUUUUAAACUGAGCCAUAUCUCUAUUUAUUUACAGGCAGUUAAGAUGAAUAAAUAUGUGUAGUGUCGAUAAAAAUCAGUACCUGUCAAGAUAACAUCAGGAAUUGAAAAGGAAAUUGAAAAGUGAAGAACUAGUGAAAACCAAAAAGAACAAACCUCAGUAAGACUAAUUAAAGACAUACUUGGGGAGGAAAAAUAAACUGCAGAAAUGCAUUACAAGUACUGGCUAAGGCCGGGCACGGUGGCUCACGCCUGUAAUCCUAGCACUCUGGGAGGCCGAGGCAGGUGGAUUGCUCAAGGUCAG